GUUGCAAAGAGCGCGGUAGAUUUUUGGCGCCAAUCUUCCCGCCUUAAGGUUUCCCUCCAUUUUAAUACACAAUAACCACUAUUUAUAACUCCCACAUAAUACACCAAUUUGCAUCAAUUCUCAAAGUCUUUAUUUUAACAUUUUAUACAUAAAAUUUUUAUAGUUUUCAUUCAGUAUUAGCAGCGCCGCCAUGGUUGUAGCCCUAGGUCCGGGAAAGUUCUACGGCAGCAGCUUACCUAGGCCACGGUUUUACUCCAACCCGAAUGGCGAACAACGGGUCGAUCCACCGGUAUCCGUUUUGGAUCCAUUAAUGUCAUGGGCAGAGGAAGCUCACUGGUCAAUGGGCGGUCUCAGCUUCAAACGCCUCCGUUUACAAGGCCGGAUCGAAGGUAACAUUAAAAAACUCAAAGCUGAGCGCGAAAAGUUUGAGAAAAAAGCCCAAAAGAAGUCGCCUGUAAAGGUUUGUUUGUCAUCAUCGAGCUCAGUAAGUCCAUCUCCUCCCCCUGCUCCGUUGAAUUUGAAACGGAAAAUGCGAUUGGUUGAUGAAUCGGAGGAUGAAAAUGAAGAGGAAAUUGAGAAGAGAGUGGAAAAAAGGGGCCCAGCUAGGAAAUUGGAUGCUGAUUUUGAUAGGGUUUCUGUAAGUGGGUUAGUGAAAGGGAGAACAAGAAGUGGGAGAAAUAGAGAGGCGGUGGUUGAGGUAGUAAAUAAGGGGAAGGUUAAGGGUAAGAGAUUGAAGAAGGGUUUGAAGAGUGGGUUGGUGACACCAGCAAGUGUGACGAGAACAUCGCCUAGAUUGUCGAACCAUGGGUCGCGUUGAAGGUGUUUGAUUAUUUGUCGCAGUGAGUGAAAUAUUCUGAGUACAGGAUUAGUAUUUUCCCUUUUGUUAUGUGAGUUGGAUUAAUGUUUAAGGAUCUUGUUAAAGUGAAGGAAAGUGUUAGUAUUAUAAGAAACAAUCCAGUUUUCUUUUUUGCUCUACGUUUGGCUAUCUUUUGUGUCUGAAAUUAUGGAUUGUCUUUAUUGGUACUACAUUCUUGUCUUUGCA